GGAGGCCUGUAUCUUUAAAAGGUGACUCCGCCUUCCUGCACAUGUGGGAUCAAGAUGGCGGUAGUGCAGGACAGCAAGGAAGUUUACCUGGGCUUUGACUUCAGCACUCAACAGCUCAAAGUGGUCGCCAUCAAUGAAGACCUGGACGUGAUCCACCAGAACCAUGUCCACUUUGACUCUCAAUUACCUGACUUCAGGACUGAGGGGGGCGUCCACGUUGCUGCUGAUGGCCUGAGGAUCACGUCACCUGUUCUCAUGUGGGUGAAGGCUUUGGACCUCCUCUUGGACAAGAUGCAGAAGGAAGGCUUUGACUUCUCCAGCGUGCGAGCGCUGUCAGGCAGUGGUCAGCAACAUGGCAGUGUCUACUGGAGGACGGGAGCUUCUCGGACCCUUGAGCAGCUAGACCCCACCUUCAGCCUCCACCAGCAGCUGCAAGACAGUUUCGCUGUAGGUGACUCUCCAGUAUGGAUGGACUCCAGCACUGGGCCACAGUGUGAACGGCUGCAAGAGGCAGCAGGGGGUGCUGCAAAGCUGGCUGACCUCACAGGCUCCAGGGCCUAUGAGCGUUUCACCGGAAAUCAGAUCGCCAAAAUGUGUCAGGAGCGACUGCAAGACUUCCAGGACACCGAGAGGAUCUCAUUGGUCAGCAGCUUUGCAGCGUCGCUCUUCCUGGGUGCUUAUGCCGCCAUUGACUACAGCGAUGGGUCUGGAAUGAACCUUUUGGACAUCAGGACUAAAAAGUGGUCUGAGGUCUGCAUGGAGGCUACCGCUCCGCACCUGGACCGCCUGCUUGGGACGCCGCUUCCCUCUGUGUCAGUGCUGGGUCCAGUCUCCCCCUACUGGGUGCGCAGGUUUGGUUUUUCCGACUCGUGCAGAGUGGUGGCCUUCACUGGAGACAACCCAGCAUCUUUGGCAGGGAUGCGACUCCAGCAGGGAGACAUUGCUGUGAGCCUGGGAACCAGCGAUACAGUGUUUGUGUGGCUGCAGCAUCCUCGCCCUGCCCUUGAGGGUCACGUGUUGAUCAACCCUGUUGACUGGAGACAUUUCAUGGCCUUGUUGUGUUUCAAGAACGGAUCACUGACCAGAGAACGUGUGAGGAACCGCUGUGCUGAAGGAUCCUGGGAAGUCUUUUCAGCUGCCUUGAGACAUACUCCUCUAGGAAACAAUGGCUACAUUGGCUUUUAUUUCGACGUACUGGAGAUCCUGCCCCGCGCUGUUGGAAUUCAUAUCUUUGAUGCGGAUGACAACAAGGUGUCAUCAGUGAGUGCUGAGGUGGAGGUGCGAGCUCUGGUGGAGGGUCAGUUCCUGUCACGGAGGCUCCAUGCAGAGCGCCUUGGUUACUCCAUCAUUCCAGGAAGUCGAGUUUUGGCAACGGGUGGAGCCUCGUGUAACAAAGACAUCUUGCAGGUGUUGUCUGACGUGUUCAACGCUCCAGUGUACACCAUUGAUGUGUCCAACUCCGCCUGUCUUGGCUCCGCCUACCGAGCGAAGCACGGUGUGCUUGACCAAUCAACCGUUUCCUUCUUUGAUAUCCUGAAGAAAGCACCGGAAGCGCGACUUGUUGCCACGCCGCAACCCACUGCACAACAAGUGUACAAUCUCAUGCUGCAGCGCUACGGCCAAUUGGAGAAGAGAGUCCUGCAGGAGCCCCGCCCCUCAAAUGCAGCUGCAAAUCUAAUUGGAUGACAUGAGUAGAGAGACAGCUUGUCUCACUCUUUGUGCUUUAUGGAAAACACCAGAGAUUUGACCUGCACUCGGAGGAGCGCAUUAGACAACAAUGGCCUGAUGAACACGGCCUAGGAAGGCCUCAUUCACAGCCGCCACACCUUCAUUCCCCUGCGCCCCCAAACAAGUGCCCUCUUGCCACAUUUCCAUCCAAUUUCCACUGCAGAACGUGUUCAUUUUCAGCCUAAUGGCAUGUCAUUUUGGCCCAGCCUUUGGUCAAGAAUUAAUCCUGGAAUCAAAACAGAUUUUCCAGGCAGCAAUCUUCCAUCAAGUAUUGAUUUUUUUUUUCUUCCCCUUUUUACACUGGCCGGGCCUGUACUCCCUAAUUUAAGCUGACAGGCAGCAGCACAAUGGAGCACCUUGGCAUCUCUCUCUUCCCCUCAGACGUACACAACAUGGAACACUGUUUGAGAGAACACACCCAUCUCUCUGCUUUAGCUCUAAUUAUCUCUUAGGAUUGGCCUGGCCAGGUGCGGCCAUCAUCAGCUAUCAUUACUGGCCUGUUGACACGUUACUGCUGUGUGAGUGAUUUUCUCCCUGCAGCCAUUUUACACAAGAAGGUGACUUCAUCAUGACCCCCCCCCCCCCAAACACAGAGGCCCUCACUAAUAAGAUAGCAAAGAUGUGUCCGAGCGUGUGAUCCCUCUAUGUGCUCUUGAUGCCCUCACAUAUGCAAUCAUCAUGCAUGGAGAGGAUGAUGGAGGCCAGCUUGUUUUCCCCUCACUCUUAAAGCCGCCAUUACCUUCACGCACUUUACCACCAGACCGUUUCACUUAAUUAUUCGUGUUGGCGUAUCAUCACGACACGGAACAGAAUUUUCCACCUAAGAAUUAAUGGAAAUAGUUUUAAUUUGUUCCAAACAUUUGCCACAAUAAUGUAUUUCAGUAUGUUAAGUCAUGUUACUAAGUGACCUUUUAGCAUGUUACCAGCAGUAAUUGUCACGUAAGUGCAAAAAGCAGUGGUACAAGUUACUGUUGAUCAAACAAAAAUAAAAUCUAACCUUUUGAACAGCA